UGAGGUAAAAAAAAAAAUAAAAUAAAAUAAUAAUAAUAAUAGUUCAAAUUUACUUUAUUUUCUUUUUCUGUUCUAUCUGGAGGAAAUCUGCUUCCAAACUAACACAGACAUUUAAUGUAAACGAGGUGAAGUUGCUCUGCUAAAUACGCUAUGUAUUAGUUGUUUCUGGCGCCCCCUGGCGGCGAGAUCAUGUCAGUGCUGUACAGCGCAGCGGAAAACAAACUGUACUGCAGUCACACGGCGCAUUCGGUGAGCGGGUUCGGAAGGCGCUUGAGCCACUCAUCACCCAGCCUUUAUCCCUCACCCCAGCACACAUCUCUGUUUUUUUUUUUACUCAAGCUAUCAUAUAAGUUAUCAAACAACGCCAAGAUUUUUUUCCAGAAGCAUUUCUGCAUCCAGAGGAAUAACAUCUCGGAUAUAUCCAUAAAGCCGAAAAGGAGGAGAGAGAAAAAGAGACAUGGCAACGACAACCUGUACACGCUUUACAGACGAAUACCAGCUUUAUGAAGAACUCGGAAAGGGAGCUUUUUCAGUCGUGCGCCGUUGUGUCAAGCUGUGCACGGGCCAAGAAUAUGCUGCCAAAAUAAUCAACACCAAAAAGCUCUCAGCUAGGGAUCACCAGAAGCUUGAACGUGAAGCCCGCAUUUGUCGCCUUCUCAAGCACCCCAACAUAGUCCGCCUCCAUGACAGUAUAUCAGAAGAAGGCUUCCACUACCUCCUGUUUGACUUGGUCACCGGUGGCGAGUUGUUUGAAGACAUUGUAGCGCGAGAAUAUUACAGCGAAGCUGAUGCCAGUCAUUGCAUCCAGCAGAUCCUGGAGGCGGUGCUUCACUGCCACCAAAUGGGUGUGGUGCACCGAGAUCUCAAGCCAGAGAACCUGCUCCUAGCCAGCAAGUGCAAGAACGCGGCGGUGAAGUUAGCCGAUUUUGGUCUGGCCAUUGAAGUCCAAGGGGAACAGCAGGCCUGGUUUGGAUUCGCCGGCACACCAGGUUACCUGUCUCCUGAGGUGCUAAGGAAAGAGGCUUAUGGGAAACCUGUGGACAUUUGGGCUUGUGGUGUUAUCUUGUACAUUCUGCUUGUGGGCUACCCUCCUUUCUGGGAUGAGGACCAGCAUAAACUCUACCAGCAGAUCAAAGCUGGAGCCUAUGAUUUUCCUUCUCCGGAGUGGGACACAGUCACCCCUGAAGCCAAGAACCUCAUUAACCAGAUGCUCACCAUCAACCCGGCCAAGAGGAUCACAGCACAGGAAGCUCUUAAACACCCAUGGGUCUGCCAACGCUCAACUGUGGCCUCCAUGAUGCACAGACAAGAGACAGUAGAGUGUCUGAAGAAGUUCAACGCCAGGAGAAAACUCAAGGGAGCCAUUCUUACCACCAUGCUGGUUUCACGCAACUUCUCUGUGGGCCGGCAGACCACAGCUCCGGCCGCGGUCUCAGCGGUGGCUGCUGCCGCUGCAGCCAGCAAUGCCGCCGGUCUGGUGGAACAAGCAGCCAAGAGCCUGCUCAACAAGAAGGCUGAUGUCAAGCAGAAAAGGAAAUCCAGCUCCACCGUUCAGUACAUGCCACAGUCAAACAGCACGAAAAACAGCAUAGUCACCAGUCCCAAAGGGAACGUCCCUUCUCCUGCUCUGGAGGCUCAGACCACUGUUAUCCAUAACCCAGUGGAUGGGAUCAAGGAGUCCACAGACAGCAGCAACACCACAAUCGAGGAUGAGGAUGUUAAAGGAAAAAGGGUAGACAGCAGCUCACUUAAGGCUGUCUCAGAGCGCAGCCGGUCAUCUCCAGGCCCUGCUGUCUUCUCACGCAAACAGGAAAUCAUUAAGAUCACAGAGCAGCUAAUUGAGGCUGUGAACAAUGGGGACUUCGAGGCCUACGCGAAGAUCUGUGACCCUGGACUGACUUCGUUUGAACCUGAGGCUUUGGGUAACCUAGUAGAGGGCAUGGACUUCCAUCGAUUCUACUUUGAGAACUUGCUGUCUAAGAACAGUAAGCCCAUCCACACCACCAUCCUGAACCCUCAUGUGCACCUGAUCGGCGAGGAUGCCGCCUGUAUCGCCUACAUCCGCCUCACUCAGUUUGUGGAUGGCCAGGGCAGGCCGCGCAGCAGCCAGUCAGAGGAGACCCGUGUGUGGCAUCGCCGCGACUCCAAAUGGCAGAACGUGCACUUUCACUGCUCGGGCGCUCCUGCCGCCCCACUCCAGUGAAGGUGUAUUUUGUAGAGUGGGACGUGGUUUGAAACUUGGGGAGAAGAACGAGAGGGAGGAUCAGAGGGGGGACGGCAGGAAAGUCCAGCACUGGAGAGCUCAGGAGCUUUCGGCCUUCCAGUUCUGGUCACAGCUGUCCACGCCUGCAUGCAAAACCUAUCCCUGUGUCUCCACCUACUGGACUGCUCUUCCACAGUUCCCUACAUCCUUCCACACUUCCCCUCUGCCCUAAACCUUCAAUACAUAAUACCACAUUGGCACCCAGGGUACACACACGCACGCACACACACACACACACACACCACUGCUCACUAACGCUUAGGACAAGAUUCAAGUUACUGACACAUCCCUCAGUCCAGGAGAGCGAGCACACACUCUAGGUUCAGUAUUAUAGCCUGUGCAAUGCCUUUUAACCCCACAACCCCCUUCUCCCUGCCUCACUCUCGUCUCCAUUGGCCUUAUGACCUGUGUGCCCAGGCACUCCUCACUAUAAUAGAUCACGUGUUUAUGAAGUACUAUAUCAGCAUUAUCAAUAUUAUUAAUAUUAUGAUUAUGAUUGUUGUAAUGGCUACUACUUUUUAUUACUACUCCUAUCAUUUUAAGUAUCGAUGUUGUUCAAUCGUUUAUUUAGUCGCAAAAAAAGUAUAAAUAGUCAAAUGAUUGAUGUAAAUCUAUUUCAAACAGUUAAUCCUGAUAGCAAAGACUCUUCGUUUUUAUCUAGUGGCGGUUUUAUUCGUUGAUUUUUGAGUCAAAUGAAGUUUACUUCGGCAGCAUGGCACGGGUAUAAAUUACUGUAUACACAACACGUGAGGACGACACGGUUCAAACAGAAGCUAAACGUCUCCGCUUCACGUCCCUGCAGCUCGGUGACUGUAGUCAUUUUGUACGUCUUAACUGAUAUCCCUGCGUUUUAUUAAGUCUGCUGAGACACGCUUCCAGGAAGGUCGUUUCCUGGAGUAUUUUUUUUUAAAUAUAUAUAUAUACCCACGUUUUAGCACUAUUUAUAAGAUAUGAACUGAUUGAGGCUUGAGGAAGUACAAUCUUACUGAACAGUUAGAGUAAUUGGUGACCGGAAGUUAAUAAAGAAGAGCCGAGAGCGGUGUGUGCUUUAUUUCCUGCCUAAGCAGUAUGGGACAAUCCUAGAGGAAGAUUUUUUUUAAUAGAGUUAUUAAGGCACAUUCUGGAUUUAGAUGGAUUUAGAUCAUCAGGUUAAGAGUUAAGAUAAAGAGAGAGAUUAUAAUAAUAUUUAUAUAAAUAUAUACAAUCGGUAUUUUUGUUUUAUUUGUCAGUAUACAGGGUAUUAGCAUUUGAAUUUUUUAUAUGUACGUGAGCGUAAGAGUUUUUUUUUUUUUUAUCAGUCUUUUAAGAAAGUGUGUAACGGGGCCAUAUUUCAUGGGUUCCUCAUUGAUAUUAAGAUGAACAGUUUUCUUCUGACCUCUUGAAUGUGAACCUAGUUUCAUAAAAACGAACAGGAAGCUUAAGCGCUUUCGAUAUACACAUUAGCUCCAGUAUGGAGAAGGAAAGAAUCACUAUUUGUUUUUUUCUCUAGUUUAUGAAAAAGCCACUGCAUGGGAAUCAGGGAUACACAAGCGUGUGUAUGCAUAAGACUGUUUUUUUUUUUUUUAAAUACUGUUAUUAAAUUUAGAUAGCAUUUUUUUAAGGUAUCGCCCUGUCUGUGGAGCAUUUCAUUCUCAAGCUGUUAGGGAAAUCCACUGGAAGACUGCUGAUUUUAUUAUUUUUUUUUAUUUUUUAUUUUUUAUCCACUUUUAUUCUUUUACGUUUUGUAUCGAAAUGUGAAUAUUGUUUUGUAGUCUGCAUCUGAAUCCCACACAUCAAUUCAGAGAAGACCUCUUCGUAAACGGCGAACCGUGUGAAACCUUUUUUUUUUUUCUUUUAAUCCAAGCAAACAAAGCAGCAUGUCAGCAUCCUCUAGUGUAGUGUUGUUUUUUUCGUUCUCCUGCGUGUUUAGUAUUGCAAGGAAUCCUUGAGAUCUAUAACAAAUUCCAUUUUUAGCGAAAAAAGAUAUCUCGUAAAACCGCUAUGUAGUGCUAACAUAAUAUAGGUGGCAAAUGAACUUGCAUGAAUUUUAGAUUUCUUUUUGUUUUUUUGGUGAUUUUUUUUUUUUCAUCAUUGAAUCUUUUCUACUGAAUGCUGGUGAAUUAUGCUAACGCUACAGAUUUCCAGAGGUUUUUUUUUUUGUAUGUGUAUAUGACUAUUUUUGUCUCUAGAAGAUGAUGAUUAUGAUAAAUUCUGACUAUCACAGUAAACCGUGUCAUGAUGAUUGUAUGGCAUGCUUCUGUACAGGGUUUUGGUGUUGUCUGAGCAGUGUUGGGCAAUCAAUAUUAAAUGUGCCAUGAGGUUAGGGUUCCGUUCCUAAAUGAGAGUUUCAGGAAUACUUUUUCAAUAUUCGUACCUCUUCGUGGUAGUUUGAAUAAUGUUACCAUCUCUGGGAUCGACCUGGGUUGGAAAAAGUACUGAGAAAUUGUACUUAACCGAAAGUAUCCGAAUUUUGUAGUAGCAUGCAAAUAAAUGCAAAGUAAAAACAUUUUUGAAAAGAAAACUAGGUUUUAUUCUUUAUCUAACAUUAUUACAAGCUACUACUCCAUUCUGGAACUCUGUUUCGGUGGUCCGUUUGCAGGUCCUGUGCAUGACUGACUAAACUAUCUACGUAGCUUGCUAAUGAAUUAAUCCGAGGUAAAAUAGCAUGUAAACAAUCUACAUUUAACAUUAGCUAGCAAUUCACUCGCUAGCCAAUCGACGCUUUGUGUCAAGUUAGACUAGCUUAGCUCGUUAGCUA